AAAAAUACUUGUUUAAAGAUUGGCUGUACACAUGCGUUGUAUAAAUUAUUAUAAGAACCGAAACGUAAAUGUCACGUCAAUUUGACAGUCAGACAAAAAUUAUAAACAAAGGGAACGCAAGCAGCGAUUUUCACAAAAAAUAUGCAAAUUAUUUUAUUUUGAGCACAUUCAAUUAAAGAUCUAUCCUAGUAACAAAAUUAUAAAUCAUUAUGUUUAAAGUGUAACUACGAUAAUUAAUAAUUAAUUGAAUCACAAUAGUUUGUAAUAGUUCUACGUGAAAUAUUUUUUGUUUUAAUUAGAACAAAACACAGGCACUUCAUAAAAUUAGAACCUUAAUUACAGUAGAUCUUUAGUAUAGUAAACAAUGGAUAAAACUACAUUUGAGACAUAUGAAUACCUGCCUACUAGUAGCAGUGAAGCUGCUACGGACCAGUUCUUCGUAGUUCAAGAUGAUGGCACAUUUUUGUUGAACAGGCAAGUGCAGUAUGUGGCACAAGUCCAACACGUAAAGGAAACCCUGGACGGAUCACAAGCAUGCACAGUGUAUGAUGUGACCCCUCAACAGUUCUUUGUUGAUGUGGCUGAUAACUCCACAGAAGUGGUCUCUGUUGCAGAUAUUUUGCCAGAAACAAACAACUUUUAUGGGAACAGUUUUCUGCUUCAACCAAUUCUCAGUGAGAAUGCUGAACAGGCAGAGAAAGAUCAGAACAUCCAAUUCAAAGACACAACUCAGCAAGAAGCACUUGGCGAGAAUGCUUCAAUCAGUAACAUCAACAAGCAAAGCACUAGUUGCACAGAGAUAACCAUGACCGAUGAACAAUAUAAAGCUUUAGAACAAAAGGGCUGGGUUCUACUAGAAACAAAUGAUAAGAUUUUUAUACUAGACACAUAUGGACUUCAUGAUAUUACAACCAAUAAUGAUUUGAUUCAGAGUUUGAGAAAUGAUAGUAAAAGUAGUAAUAAUGUGGAAAUAGAAGGACUAAGCAUAAUAACAACUGAUGAGACAACAAAAACCGAGAGUGAACCAAACAAAACACAGCUUGAAGUAUAUAUUCAGGAUUCAGAAGAAGUUUUGAACAAUGAGACAAUUAAUUUUAUUGAAGAGGAUGAGAGCAAAGAAAUUAUUGCUUCAAAAUUAAAUGUAAUCAGUGCAGAAGAAGUAGAAACUACUGAAAUCGAACACAAGAGCGAUUUUGUAAAAAAAGAAUUGUUACCAAGUGUUUGUAAGACAGAACCAGAUAAGGAGAGCCAAGGAGUUGCACUGGAGAAACAUAAAGAUAAUAUUAUAAGAAUUAAAACGAAACAAUGCUUUAAAAGUAUUCCCAACAAAAUAAUUUUAGGUAAAACAUUAACUGGAAAAAGACUGGUUGCAAAAGUGGUCAAGUGUAUGCGCAAAGAAGAUGAUGUUAAAAUAAAAACUGAUGAAAAGGAAAUUAAAAAUCAACCUCAACCCAUAGUAGAAUCGAAUGAAACUAUUGAACAAACUGUUGAUAAUAUUAAAGACCUAUCAAGUGAGGAGAGGCAGUUCCAGCAGUUGUUCCAGCUGGCGCUGCGCGGCGACGUGGAGAGCAGCCCGCAGCAGGUGGCGGCCGCGUACGAGGUGGUGUGCCGGCUGCUGCAGGUGCCCGCCUUCCAGGUCUCCGUCGUCGGAAAGAAUAUCGUUGUCACUAAGGUGAUAGAAAGCAAAUUGGGUGUAAAUUCAAAGCGUAGUACAAGUUUUGUAACCGGGAUAGUCACAUCCGUCAAUAAUGGCACCUGCUUUAUACACGUUCCAGAUUUGUUACAAAAACUCAUAUCUGAAAGAUCAGCAUCGAAGACUAAGGAAAAGGUUUUACAUGUGCACAUUUCUGAAACCAAAUACGAAAAUAACGUGGAUGCACUAUCAGUAAUACUAAAUGAACGUGAGUUGCCAUCUCAGGGAAUACCAUAUAGAAAAACGCCAUCAAGACAGGCUAGUCGAUUGUACGCAUGCGGGACUUGCGCUUCAAUAUUUCAGUCCGAAACUGAGUUGGCUGAACAUCAAGAGUCACACGCGAUGGAUGCAGACGGCGCUUUGACUAUUGAUACAGAUAAGUUGCCAAAGAACUCCAUGACAGUAAAUGUCAAGGGAUACCCGUAUUAUGUUGAAAAAUCCAGUAAAGGGACAGAAUAUACCUGUUUGCAGUGUUCUAUGAAAUUCACCAAGUUGAGUAACUGCCUCAGGCAUAUAAAAGUCUAUCAUUCUAGUCAGCAGAAAUCUACAGAACAAAAUAGUCAAGACAAAACUGUCAAAAAACCACGAGAACCACCUUAUAAAUGCAAAAUGUGCAACUGCUCUUAUUUCUAUCCAUCUUCACUUUCAAAACACAUAAACAAAGAUCAUCUACAAAGCAAAGUAAACUCACACACUAUUACUGGAAAUAAUGUUAAUUCGAUGUGAAAAAAUAUAGAAAAUUGUUAUUGAAAA